CCCUUUCCUCUCGACAUCGACGUCCUCUUUGUCGCUUGACCGCCCGCACACCUUUUCUGCGCUGUCUUGCGUCAGUCGGGCACCAUGGUCAACAUUACAUACGACGCCUCGAACGACAUUAAUUGGUAUGACCCCUCGACGGGCAUGACCUCUGUAUACAACCUAGGCGACAUUGCCUGGGUGCUGGCCUCUACGGCACUUGUCAUGAUCAUGAUUCCAGGUGUCGGCUUCUUCUACUCCGGCCUGCUUCGACGCAAAAACGCGCUGUCCAUGAUAUACCUAUCUAUGGUCUCGCUGGCCGUGGUCUCCUUCCAAUGGUUCUUCUGGGGCUUCUCGUUAGCCUUCUCCGAGACCGGCUCAGCCUACAUUGGCGACCUGCGGUACUUUGGUCUGAAGGGCGUGCUCGAGAAGCCCAGUAUCGGGUCAACAAGGAUCCCGUCCAUCGCUUUCUGCGUGUUCCAGCUCAUGUUCGCCGCCAUCACGCCCAUCCUCGCAGUGGGCGCCGUCGCCGAGCGCAGCCGGCUCGGCCCCGUAGCCGUAUUCAUCUUCAUCUGGAGCACCAUUGUGUACGAUCCGAUCGCGUGCUGGACGUGGAACGCCAACGGCUGGUCGUUCGUCAUGGGCGGACUCGACUUUGCGGGUGGCACGCCCGUGCACAUCUCGUCCGGUACCGCCGCACUCGCGAUCUCCAUCUACCUCGGCAAGCGGAGGGGCUACGGGACGGAGCGCCUCGCGUACAAGCCGCACAAUACGAGCUACGUGAUUCUGGGCACGGUGUUCCUCUGGUUCGGCUGGUUCGGAUUCAACGGCGGCAGUGCGUUGAGCGCGAACUUGCGUGCCGUGCAGGCGUGCAUCGUCACCAACUUGGCGGCAAGCGUCGGCGGCCUGACUUGGAUGCUCUGGGAUUAUCGCCUCGAGCGCAAGUGGUCCGCCGUUGGUUUCUGCUCCGGCGCCAUCUCCGGCCUCGUCGCCAUCACGCCUGGCUCGGGCUACGUCGGCUCGCCCGCUGCGGUCCUCUUCGGCUUCAUGGCUGGUACAGUGUGCAAUUUUGCCACCCAGCUCAAGUUCCUGUUCGGCUACGACGAUUGUCUCGAUAUCUUCGCCUCGCACGCGAUCGGCGGUGUCGUAGGUAACAUCCUGACCGGCUUGUUCGCGCAAGCAUCCGUGGCUGGCUUCGACGGGCUCACCGAGAUCCCAGGCGGGUGGCUCGACCACCACUGGGUGCAGCUCGGCUACCAGAUCGCCGACUCGUGCGCGGGCCUCGGGUACUCGUUCGUCAUGACCACGAUCAUCCUCUGGCUCAUGCACUACUUCCCUGGCGGGUUCCUCCGCCUGCGCUGCGACGAGGAGACGGAGAUCCUCGGCGUGGACGACGCGGAGAUGGGCGAGUUUGCGUACGACUAUGUCGGGCUCGAGGCGGAGAUCGGGCCCGGUGGCCAAAGGGUGUACGCAGAGGCGCACGGGGACAAUGCUGCGAGCGGCGGGAGGGAGCCGCGCCAUUCGAUGACGCAUGUGAGGAAGACGGAGGCAAGCAGCGAAGGAAGCGUUGGGGAGAAGAGGGCUUGAGUGGGCUGGGGGGUAUUGGGAUGUGGGUUAAUGGGAGUUAUUAUUAUUCGUCGCUCAUUCGUUCGCUCUGGUCGCGUCUCUGCAUUUUUUUCCUUAGUCACCUUGUUCUGCGUUUCUGUGCGCAGAUUCUAUGUGUUCCUCUACGGAACAGACAGUCCGCUAGAAAUAAUUGUCAAGUAUCGCAUAGUGCAUAUAAGUUUCUAGAUCUCGGUGUAUCACCUACAUACUACAUACCAGCUCGAAUGACAUCGGACGAUUUCGGAC